AUGGACAAGCAAGUGGAAAUUGCCAUCCACAACUGCACAGUCUGCCAGGCUGCAGACAAGAGUGCCAAGACUGCAGUAACUCCGCUGCAACCUGUGCCCCUUCCAGAGCGUCCAUGGCAGAAGGUCGUCAUCGACAUCGUCGGUCCCACUGAAAAAGCGCCGCACGAUUGCAGGUUCGCUAUCACCCUCGUAGGCUAUUUCUCCAAGUUGCCUGAAGUACAGUUUUGCAGCCAUUUGUCGACGCGCACAGUGACAGUCUUUCUGCUCUCAGUAUUUUCUCGAGGGCGCUACCCCGACGAGAUUGUGUGCGACAACGGCCCUCAGUUUUGUUCCCGAGAAUUCAACCAGUUCCUGAAGGAUUGUGCCAUUCGCCUCUCGCACUCUUCGCUGUACUACCCCCAGGCGAAUGGACUUGUAGGACGAUUCAACCGUGUUUUCAAGAACUUAGUGCAGACAGCUUUGCUGGUGGAUCGACCACUUCGCCCAGCGGUCAUCGAAUACAUUGGCAUCUACCGGUGCACACCACACGCGACCACGGGAGUCGCCCCGGCUAUGUUGCUCCAUAGAAGGCUGCCGAGAGCACGUCUGGACGUCGUUGGGCACCCGUCGUCUUCCUUCUUCAAGGACCCAGCUACCGAGCUUAGUCAACUGCGUCGUCGGGUGAAGCAUAGGCAAGAGAGCGGACAGAUCUUCUUCGAGCCGCGAAGAAGACCAACAUCGCAGUUGGUGAUUUCGUCCGGGUGA